UAUGCUUAUAUUAACAGAAUGGCUCUCUAGCUCUGUGCUUACCUUGCUGGUGCUCUGGGUUCUGGUUUGCUCGAAGGGAAUCGUCAUCUUUUAAAUGAAAAUUAAGAAAUUGAGUGCAUCAUCAUGAUCGAUCACACAAGUACAAAUAAUUAUACAAGGCCGCCAUGAUAAUGUGUCAAAAAGUGUAUGGCAGUUUUCAAUACCGUAGCGAGCAGAUUGUGACCUCCUCCAGAGAUUCUCAUGGUUCAACAAUGAUCCAGACACUGCCCAGCUGUACAUUGACUAUACCUGAUGGCCAACCUCAUCUCCGCUCAGACCUUCCAUCUCAAGAGCACACUCACUUCGUUCUUACCACAGCUAUGGAUACCAACUAACCCAGCUAGUGUGCAUGAGCUGUAAUAUCCACCAGGCUAUGGACCCCACGGCUCCGUCAGUGCUCAUGCCACUCCUCACCAUGAACUAUCCCUUCAAAGGGAGGGGACUAGACAUUCAAGAGGUAGCCCUGAAGAACGUCCUGUAUCUGACCACAUAUACUGCCCUGCCCUCAGAGACGGUGUCUGGGAGCUCAUCUUCCAUCAGGUGCUCUCUAUCGAUGUUGACAUCCCCCGUCUUGAGGAGCACGGAGUGGUCAGUGAUGAUGCUGAUGGUACUCAAUUCCAUGUUGAAGUGGACACUGUACAUGAUCCCAGUUACAACAAGGAGGGGUUGAACCUUGAACCAUCGUACAGUCAUGUCCAGGUGAUGAGUAACGAGAGUGCUGAAAAAAUGGACGUUAUGAUGACUGUGUUAUUGAACCACUUCCACUCACUCUGCUACAAUGAUGCAGGUGUGCUUCUUGUGGAUCUAGCCAGGCACUUCCUCACACUACUGCUCAAGAUAUUUGACCGAAUGGUCUUUCCUACCCACGCAUGUUCCCACGUCCAGUUCCUCCUCUUCAGACUCACCAGUCUACACGAGUCGUUCCCGGGCAUCUUCCUGGAUUUCCUGUGGGAAAAGUUUCAAGAUUUCAACACUCCUGCUGUACUGAGACAAACCUGUGCUGCCUAUAUUGCUAGCUACAUCGCCAGAUCAAAGUUCAUUCCCAUGAUGAUGGCCAAACUGUGUCUAAGCAUCAUGAUGCGUCGAAUUCAUGAGUACUUGGAUGGCUGUUCCCCUGACAAUAUGAAACCAGAGGUCAAACUGCACGGUCCAUUCUUCUCACUCUGUCAGGCUGUGUUCUAUGUGUUUGUGUUCAGGCAUAAGGCACUACUGGACUCACCAGAUGGAUUGAAAUUCUCGAGACAGCUCGAUUUUGAGAGAGUCAUCUCGUCUCGACACAACCCUCUCAAGGAGGUAGCCCUGAAGAACGUCCUGUAUCUGACCACAUACUGCCCCGCCCUCAGAGACGGUGUCUGGGAGCUCAUCUUCCCAUCAGACGCUCUCUAUCGAUUUGUGACCCCAGAGGUUAAAGUUCAGCAACAGGAGCAAGCCAACCUCCUCGACUGUCAUUCCCCUUUGACCCCUACUGUCUGAAAAGGUCGUCAUUGUACGUACAGUCACUCUAUCAGGAGUGGGAGGAAAUGGAAAUAGCAGGGGUGAGGAAAAUGGUGUAAAAGCUUGUCCCUUUUCAAUUAAGUGUGUUACGACUACAGUUAUUUACGUGUAGAGACUUAUCGCCAUGGUUGCUGGUAUUUAAUUGCAUGUACGUCACAUGACCGACCAUUGGUAUAUUUUACUAAAACAUAAUGCCGGCCCUUGUUAUCAUUUUGAACUAUGAUCAUGCCAAAGACAAGUCAUAAUAGUUACCAAUUAUGCCGAUUGUGCAGUAAUUAUGUAAUGUAUUUUUCGCCUCCAAGCUGGAAGAUGACCACAGCUCUAUGGCCUCCUCUCUCCCCAACAGUGUGCCCAUGACUACCUCACUGGACUCAUCACUACCUUACUCUGUGUCACCAUCAUAGACUGAGCACUUUUUAUAUUGGAUGAAAUCAUUUUCACUGCUGUUCA